AUGCGGAGCGUGGUUGGUGAGCUGCGCUGCCCGGAAAAGCCAGAGUCCGCGGAUGCUCUUCGCUGGUGUGCCCCUUCCUGGUCGCCUCUGUUGGGCUCUGGGAGUUCCCGGAGCAUCAUAGCGUGGAAGGCGUGGUCGGUCACGUCCACCAUCCCGCCUCUCCCCGCCUCCGGCGCUCUCCGCACGCGCUGUAGGGGCUCAGAGGGUCCGAGCGCCCUGGACCCGGGGCUGGACUGUCCAGCUGUUGUCGGGAGGACCCCAGUUGGGCUGAACUCCGGGUGCCUGCUGUCUUCAGGCAGAGGUUGGGGACGUCAGGACCGUGGCGGUCUCCGGGCGUUGUACAGGGAACGCCCUUUAAGUAGAGGCGAGGUGGUUUCUCCGGGUGUCUUCCCGGCCCCGCCCGGCGCCCGCAGCGGGAGCUCGGGCGAGGUUCCAGCCCACGGAGACUGGAGCGGGCCGCCGACCCCGGGGCUGGAGGCGAGACGUCGGCGGUGGCUGCUCAUCUUGCCCGCAGCGGAGGCGGCCGGCGGGGCUCGCUCCUCACCGCGGCUCAUGCACUCCGGGAGUUCGGAGCAUGGUCCCGGGUCGCCGCCGGUGGAGCGUGGACGCUCAGAGGGAGGAUGGUGGGGUGGGGUGGGGGUGGGGGCGGCGAUUCUCUGUCUGUGGGUCUCCCGCGGCGCGGCCACCGGACAGCUCGAGUACAAAGUGUCAAAGGAGACGGAGCGGGGCUUAGUGGUAGGCUAUGUCGCCACGGGCUUGAGGCUGCCAGCGGUUUUGUCCUUAAGGAACUUUCGCCUCCUUUCCAGCCAGGGCGAGCCCUACCUCGGGGUGGAGCUGGCCAGUGGUAGCUUGGUGGUCCAGGAGCAGGCAGACCGCGAGCAGCUGUGCAAGGCGAAAGCUGCCUGCGUGCAUCUUGAGCUAUGAGCUCAUGUUCGAGGACCCCUCGAGCUGCACAAGAUGAACGUUCAUGUCCUGGACGCCAGUGACAACUCACCCCUCUUCCCUGCUGGCGUCGUGCAGCUGGACAUCCCUGAGUACCUGACGCCCAGAGCCUGCUUUCCUGUCUGGAAUGCCCAGGAUGGGGACGAAGGAAGCAACGAGGUGCUAAGAUACAGCCCCAGCCCCAGCCCGUACUUUCUGCUGGUCAUGGGGUCGUGGGUUAAAGGCAGCGAAUACCCGGAGCUGGUGUCAGAGAAAGCUCUGGAUCUGGUGCUCACGGCUCGGGAUGGCAGGUGGUGACCCGGGGAUGUGCAAGUCUCCAUCAUCGUGGUGGACGCAAAUGACAAUGCCUCUGUGUUGGAUCGCUCCAUGUACUGCACCAUGGUUCCAGAGGUUGCACCCAAUGCCUCGGAUCCAGAUGAGGGCUCCAGUGGGGAAGUGUGGUACUCUUUAAGCAAUGUGAGUAGGGCCACGGCAUCACUUUCACGUGUACCUUGGAGUGGGGAGGUGCGGGUAGCCACGCCACUGGGUCCACCAGAAAUGCUCUUGGAGGCAUACCUCGAGUCAAGGGAUGCGGGCACCUUUGGCCUCGAGCUGCUGGUGGAGGUGGCCCACGUGAACGACCAUGCCUCUGAAGUGAGCUUCAUAACUGUGUACAGCCCGGUCCCCGAGGACGACGCCCCUGGCACGGUGAUUGCCCUCCUUAGUGUGAGGGACAAGGACCUCGGCCCCAGUGGUAGGGUCAUUUGCAGCAUGUCCAGCAGUGGCUCCUUUCAGCUGAAGGCUUCCUUUGACAGCUGCUGCAGCCUGCUGACAGAUGGGCCGCUGGACUGGGAGCAGAGGAGCGAGUACCAGGUCCUCCUUGACACCUCGGACGUUGGCUCGCCCCCACUUAGCUCACGAAGGACACUGGCUGUGUCAGUCCCUGCCAUGAAUGACAACACGCCAAGCUUCUCUCAACUACAGCAGGAGGUUUACGUGGCUGAAAACAGCAGUCCUGGGGCCUCUCUAGGCCGGGUGUUUGCCCAGGACCUGGAUCUGGGGAAGAACAGCCUUAUUUUUUAUGAGCUAUUGGAUGCCAUCUCGGAAGGAACACCAGCUUCUAGCUUGGUGGCAGUGGAAUCAUCCAGCGGAGCCAUCACCGCCACAACUUCCUUUGACUUUGUGCGGCUCUGGAGGUUUCAGUUCCGAGUGCAGGGCUGGGACGGCGGCAUUCCCGCCACAAGUGCAACGGUGACUGUACAUGUGUUUGUGGCAGGCAGGAAUGACAAUGCUCUGGUCAUCUUGCUUCCCUUGCCCAGAAAUGGCUCAGUCCCAGUGGAAGUUGUGCCCCACUCUGCCAGAACUGGACACUUGGUCACCAAAGUGGUAGCAGAGGACACAGACAGUGGUUCCAGUGCCUGGCUUUCCUACCGCAUCUCCCAGGCUUCAGACGCCAGCCUUUUCAGAAUUUCAGCCAACAAGGGAGAGCUCUGCACCACCCGCUCGGUUCUUCCCACUGACGGGGCAGAGAGGGUGGAGGUAGCAGUUCAGGACCACAGGGACCCACUGUUUUCUUCCUCUGUGGCUUUGGGGGUGCUCUUGAGUGAAUCAGUCCCUCAGGUCCUUCCAGACUUUGAAGAUGUCUGGGAACUAGGAGGGCAGCUUUCUGCCCAGAUUCUGUAUCUAAUAGUUGCCCCAGCCUGUAUUUGCCUUUUCUUUCUGGAGUGCUUGCUUUUCUUUGUGUGUAUCCAGUUGAGCCGGAACCCAGGCUGUUGCCAUCAGAGGUGUUGCUCUAAGCAGGUGGCUUUUGGUUCUUUCAUGGCAUCAGCCACAAUAGAUAUCACUACAGUGGAGAGAUCUUCUCAGACUUAUCUCUUCUGCGCUGCUCUGGGACUUGGCUCUGGUAAUGACCGUUUGCUGUUGUGGGAGUACAGUGCUGCCGACCUGAGCAGUCUGGCUAUAGGUGUAGGACUGAACUUGCCAAUAUCCUUUAUUCAGAUAUGGAGUAGGAAAGGGGGCAGCAGUGCCACGGGAAGCGAAUUUUUAUGGGAUUGAAUUCUUGUGAUCGGGAGAUGACUGCUAGCUGUGUUCAGAAACACUUCUUAGAUGAACCUGUGGUAAUAUCUGAUCAACUGAAUUGAACACACCUUCUCAGCAUCCCUGAUAAUAUUUAACAGCUUUAAACAAAAUUAUACCUCUGAGAUAUAAAUUUUGACUUACCAUUUGCAAUGGAAAGAACUGGAAAAAAAUUUUAGAGAUCUUAUUUAUUACUUUGAGAGGUAGAGUUACACAGAGAGGGAGAGACAGAGAGGUCUUCCAUCCACUGCUUCACUCCCCAAAUGGCCACAAAGGCUGGAGCUGGGGUAUUCUGAAGCCAGGAGCUUCUUCAGGGUCUCCCAUGUGGGUGCAGGGGCCCAAGCACUUGGGCCAUCUUCUACUGCUUUCCCAGGUCAUAGCAGAGAGCUGUAUCAGAAAAGGCGCAGUCGGGAAUAGAAUCAGCACCCAUAUGGGAUGCGGAUGCCGCAGGUGGAGGCUUAGCCUGCUACACCACAGCGCCAGCCCCUGGAAAAAGUUUUUACAUAGUAGUGUGGCAAGAAUGCAUGAGACAUUUACUGAACAACUUAUUAAGUAGUCCACGUAAAAGUUAUAGUUUGGACAUAGCAAUGUUGUAUUAAUGUAUGGUUCUGGAAUUAGAGCAGUUCCUUUUUUGCAGGUUUUAUAGGGUAUUUUCCACUCUGCAGUGUCAUUUGUUAACAGAGUGGCAAAAUGGUUUUUGGCAUUCUAUGUGUUUUUACUUAUAAGCAUACAUUCCAUAAGUAGACUUUCCCAUAGGUUAAUUAGAUUUUGUAUGUUUACUUUGAAGCUGUUAACUACUUCAAAAACCUUUUGGAGUGCUGUGACUAAGGAAGCUUACAUAGCAUUUGAAGUAUACCCAAGUUUUAAAAAAAAAUGUAGACAGCAUUACAGCACUUGUUAUGUAAUAGAGAACCUCAAACCUGUAAGACAGAAAGGAAAAGAGCAUUGUACCUCGAGUGGACAGAGGGAGAAGCAGUGACUGGGGGAAAUGUCAGUGGGAAAGUAUUGACAACUUGUCUGAUAAUGUUGAGCACCCAUUGAUUUUUGUAGUCUCCAAUAUUUGCAGGGCAAUGAUAAUAUUCCAGAGACUGAAUACACUUAGCUGUGUUGGAAUGAAGGUGGGCUAAAUUGCUAAAAGGUUUUUACGUUGUUCAAAUGUAUAUCAUGUGAGUAUCAGAAAUAUCAAUAUUUGGCAGAACAUCAAAGGAAUAUGGUUCACACUCCAGAUUCUAACUGACUAAAGUAUUACAGGAAAUGAGGAAUUUGUUGGUAAGAGUUAUUCUUAAAAAAAAAAAAAAAGCCAAGUGAUAAAGGUGGCCACUCAUUUUAUUCCCAAUUGUAAUGGAUGGUUUAAGAGAAUGGUUCAGGAUAUAAAUUAAUUAUGUCUUUUUAAUGCUGUGUUUAUAUAUAUAAAAAGAAAGGAUAAGGAUAAAAAUUUCUUUCUCAGGGUGGUGUUGUGGUGAAUGCAGGGGGUUAGGCUGCUGUGUGGGGUGCAUACAUGCCAAAUCAGGCUAUCUGGCAUUAAGCACUUCCAUUGCUUCCCAUCCAGCUUGCUGCUGGUGUGCCUGGGAGGCAGCAGAUAAUGGCUCAAGUACUCAGGUACCAGCCAGCUAUGAGGGAGACCAGGAUAGAGACACAGGUUCCUGCUUCAGCCUGGCUCAGGCUGUUGCAGGCAUUUGCAGGGUAAACCAGCAGAUGGAAGACCUCUCCUUCUCUCCCUCUGUCACUCUGCCUUUCAAACGAAAAAACUCUGCCUCAAACAGAAGGUCAUUCUAUGUCUUUAUCUGGAAAUUGGUUUGGAAUCUAGGAAUGAAUAUACAGUCUUAUAUUCUCCUGUGCAGCAGUGAAACAGAAAAACUUUCUCUUCCAUUCCAAAUUCAUGCUGUUCCUACAGCCAUCUGGUUGCCAUCUACAUAUACUCUGUUUUCAUAGUAGAAUUCUAAUAACAUAUCCUCAGAAAUAUACUUUCUAAGUCAGGCACAUAAUGGUUAUUCUUUAGAAUCUGUAAGCAAAGAAUAUAGCUGUUUUGUUUAGACUCAAAAUGAUGUUCAUUCCAAAUACAAACAACCAACUGGGGCCUGCAUUGUUGUAGCAGGCUAAGCCUCUGCCUAGAUGUCAAUAUCCCAUAUUUGAGUGCCAGUUCUCAUCCUGAUUGCUGCUCCAAUUCCUAUUGAGCUCCCUGCUGCCACACCUGGGAAAGAAACAGGUGAUGGCCCAAGUACUUGGGUCCCUGCCACGCACAUGGGAGACCCACAUGAAGCUUUUGACUUCUGCCUGGCUCAGCCCCAGUUGUGUGACCAUUUGGGUGGUGAACCAGUGGAUGAAAGAUAUUCUCUGUCUCUGUCUCUAUCUGUAUCUCUCUCUCUAUCUCUUUCUCUCUCUGAGUGUGUGUGUGGGGGGGUGUGACUCUGCCUUUCAAGUAAAUACAUCUGAAAAAAGAACAACACCACAAAAUCCAACCAAAAAAGAAAUUUCAGUGGUGGGUUUUUGAGUCUGUGUUCACCAGUCAAGAUGGGUUUGUCGUUUCUUAUCAGGACUUGCUAUCCAGGUUAUGCUGGUCCUGUUAAGUACGUCAGAAGUUUCUCUCCCCAUCUCUGUCUCUCUAGUUACCUCUGUCCCUUUCUCGAACUCCUUUUUUCUGAUCUCUGGACGUGUUUGUUAAGACUGGUGAGGGAGCUUUCUUAAACAUUUGGUGGAAUUCACUGGUGAACCUCUUAGGGAAUCCAGUUUUCCUGGUGGGAAGGUUUGAAUCAUGAAAUCAUUUGUCUUUAUUAUUAACAGAAUUAUUCACAUUUUUACUCUUCUAGUUUUUGUAGAUUUUAUUUUUCAGAAAUAUGUUCAUCUCACCUAAACUUUCAAAUAUUUUGCCACCAGGUUGUAGAAAACGUGUUCUCUUCAGAGUCUGCAGUGUCUGCAGUGAUUUUGCCCUUUUCAGUCCUGCUAGUCAGUUUUAGCACUUUUCAUGAUUAGACUUAGAAGUGGUUUAUUAAUUACCUUUUCAAAGCUAACUUUUGGUUUUGGGGAGUAUAAUUCUUAUGUAUUUGCUUUCUGUUUUAUUAAUUUCUACUCUUUUUUCCUUCCUCAUAUUUUCUUUGCAUUCAUUAUGUUGUUCCUUUAUAGUUUAUUUAGUUUACUGAUUUUCAACCUUUUGUUGUUUGUUUUCUAAAAAGUUUUAUUUAGGAGACCUGUGCUGUGGCAUAGCAGGUAAAGACACUGCCUGCAGUGCUGGCAUCUCAUAUGGACACUGGUUCGUGUCUUGGCUGCUCUACUUCCAAUCCAGCCCUCUUCUAUGGCCUGGGAAAGCAGUAGAAGAUGGCCCAAGUCCUUGGGCCCCUGCACCCACAUGGGAGGCCCAGAAGAAGCUCCUGGUUCCUGGCUUUGGACUGACCCAGCUCCAGCUUUUGCAGCCAUUUGGGGAGUGAACCAGUGGAUGGAAGACCUCUUUUUCUCUGUAACUCUGCCUUUCAAAUAAAUAAAUAAAAAAGAAAAGAAAAAAAUAUGAAUCACUCAUCUGCUGGUUUUCUCCCCAAAUGCCUGCUUGCAACAGCUAGGGCUAAGCCAGGAGACAGGGGCCAGAAACUCCAUCUAGGUCUCCCACAUGGGUAGCAGAGACCCAGUUCCUUGAGCCAUCAUCUGCUGCCUUCCAGGCUUAUUCGAAGGAAGCUGGAUUGGAAGUAGGGGUGUGACUCACUCCCAGGCAUUCUUUAGGGAAUGCAGGCAACUUAAGUGUCAACUUAGUCUGCUCUGUUGCAACACCCACUCCAAACUUUUGUUGUUGCUGAUGUAUGAGUUUAAAGGUGUAACUUUUCUACCCAGCGUGCUAUUAAGUGUCUUGAAUAACUUUUUUUUAAAUUUAUUUGACAGAUAGAGUUAGACAGUGAGAGAGACAGAAAGAUCUUCCUUCCGUUGGUUCAUCCCCCAAAUGGCUGCCGCAGCCGGCAUGCUGCACUGAUCCGAAGCCAGGAGCCAGGUGCUUCCUCCUGGUCUCCCAUGCGGGUGCAGGGGCCCAAGCACCUGGGCCAUCCUCCACUGCCCUCCUGGGCCACAGCAGAGAGCUGGACUGGAAGAGGAGAAACCGGGACUAGAACCCGGCACCCAUAUGGGAUGUUGGUGCUGCAGGUGGAGGAUUAACCAAGUGAGCCAUGGUGCUGGCCCCAAAUAACUUUUAUUCUUAAAAAUUUUAAUUGAAGUACUGAUGCCAUAGACAGGAGUGUCAAUUGGUAAAGUCAACAACAGGAGUCACUGUGCACUUACUCCUCAUGUAGGAUCUCUAUCCUUAAUGUGCUGUACAUUGAGAUUUAAUGCUAUAAUGAGUACUCAAACAAUAUAUUUCACUUUGUGUUUCUAUGGGGGUGCAAACUGUUGAAAUCCUUACUUAAUGCAUACUAAACUGAUCCUCUGUAAAAAAAAAAAAGAAAAGAAAAAAAAAAAAGAAAUUAUCAAUUCCCAACUUGACUCUCACUGGGAUUAAACAUGACAAUAGGUCUGCUCUGAUUUCAUCAUCAUUUAAAAAAAUCAUCUAUUAUUUUUCACUUUAUGUUUCUGUGUGGGAGCAAACUGUUGAAAUCCAUACUUAAUGUAUACUAAGCUGAUCUUCUGUAUAUUAAGAUAAUCGAAAAUGAA